AAUGCAUAUUUGUGUAAAAAUUAACUAUGUUAUUUUUUUUUUUUCAUUCCUAGUCAUCACUAUCACGAUAUGGUACCAGGCAACCAUACACAAAAUUCUGAAUUUUUUCUUCAGGGAUUAUCAGAGGAACCAGAACUACAAUCCCUCAUAUUUGGACUUUUCCUCUCCAUGUAUCUGAUCACUGUGCUUGGAAACCUGCUCAUCAUCCUGGCAGUCAGUUCAGAUUCCUGCCUCCACACCCCCAUGUACUUUUUUCUCUCAAACCUGUCCUUUGCAGACAUCUGUUUCACCACCACAACUAUUCUAAAGAUGCUAGUGAAUAUACAGACCCAGAGCAAAGCUAUAACCUAUGAGGGUUGCAUCAGCCAGAUGUAUUUUUAUAUACACUUUGCAGUGUUAGAUGAUUUUCUCCUGGCUGUGAUGGCCUAUGAUCGCUUUGUGGCCAUCUGCCACCCCCUGCACUACACAGUCAUCAUGAACCCCCAGCUCUCUGGACUGCUGGUUCUGGUGUCCUGGAUCAUUAGUGCUCUGAAUUCCUUAUUAGAAAGCCUAAUGAUAUUGCGGUUGUCCUUCUGUACAAACUUGGAAAUCCCCCACUUUUUCUGUGAAAUUCAACAGGUUGUCAGACUUGCCUGUUGUGACACCUUUCUUAAUGACACACUUAUAUAUUUUACAGGAGUGCUGCUGGCUGGUGGUCCCCUGGCUGGUAUCCUUUACUCUUACUCUAAGAUAGUAUUCUCCAUACAUGGAAUUGCAUCAGCUCAGGGGAAAUAUAAAGCAUUUUCCACCUGUGCAUCUCACCUUUUAGUUGUCUCCUUAUAUUAUUGUACGGGUAUAGGAGUGUCCCUUAGCUCUUCUGCAACCCACAGCUCACGCUCGUAUGCAACGGCUUCGGUGAUGUACACUGUGGUCACACCCAUGCUGAACCCCUUCAUCUACAGUCUGAGGAAUAAAGACAUCAAGAGGGCUCUGAAAAGAGUUGUUCUGAUGGCAGUUAUAAAAAGGGAAAUUGUUCUGAGUCUGAAGAAGUGCCCUUGA